AUGCCGCCAAACGCAUCCGACACCCUCCCAGAGGAUGCUUGGGCCAACGCAUUCAAUUCUGCAUCCACGCGGCCCGUCCUAAACGCUCUCUCCCGCCGUCUCCAGGCAUCGAAUACGCAUGUGCAUGCUCUCUCCGAACUGUACCGCGAACGUGCUGUCAUCGAGCAAGAAUACUCCACCAAGCUCGCAAAACUGGCGCGGUCUGCUGAAGCAGGCCAGCUGAGCGGUAAGGGGAGCGUGGAAUGGGAGCGCCACAGUGCCGAGGCAAAGCUGUUUGACGCAGUUGUUGCCGACCUGCAGGAAACGUCGUCCGUUCACUCGACGUUGUCGGCAAUGCUCAAGUCCGAUUUUGAACAGCCUGUCCGUGACCUCCCCAACAAGGUUGCUUCCUGGAGGCGUAUUCACGACCAGGAGGCAUCCCUUGACCGUACUCUGAAAGAUUACGAAAAGACGUCGGGCAAGCUCGAAAAGGCCACGGCUAAGAAGGGGUCCUCCAAAGCCGACCAGCUGAGCGCAGACCUGGGUCAGAUUACAAGCAGUCUGGCAUCCCUUACUCCCAUGGUCUACACCACUUUCCAGAAGCUCGACGAGGAACGCCUGCGCAGCCUGAAGGAGAUUGUUGUUCGUUGGGCAACAGCUCGGGCAGACAUGGCCACCAAGGACGGCGAACGUGCGGAGGGCAGCCUCACAAAGCUCCUUUCUUGGGAAACGGAUGACGAGGUCACCUCUGCUGGUCUCCGCAUUGCAUCUGCUUGCGGCGGAAGGCCCGGUGCACGCUCCAACACGGUCAACACGGUCAACACUACUGCCGGAGCCUCGUCGGUGUCCUCCACCCCGGCUCGGCGGAUGUCUGUCCAUACGACCGGAACCUCAGGAACGGCCGACUUUGGUCCACGCAAGGCGAAUGGGUCCACCCACACCGUGUCAUCCACCACGGGCGGCGGCGGCGGUGGUGGCUUUAGCGGUAUCAAGUCGAUGCUCACCCGAAAGGCGACAGUGGCUGGCCGCCAGCGAAGUGGCAGUGAAGCCCCGUCGAUGCGUAGCACCACUCGUCGGCCAACAGACGAGAUGUUCUCCCCGCUCGAGGAGGGCGAGGACGAAAGUCGCAGCGCCGGCCAGCAGCCGCCGUCUAUCCACCGUCAGCACAGCGACCGUCCCGGCGGGGACGUCAGGCCCCAAACGUCUGGUCCUCCUCCUCCUGUUGACGAGGAAGGCUUCUCUAUCGCCCCAGCCGACCGCCACAGGAACCCAUGGGAGGAUCCAACCGAGUUGGUCCCUAUCCCUCCCGCGCCGUCUGCUGCUGCUCCUGCUGCUACUCGCGAGGUGCUCACCAGCAGCAGCACCGCCAACGGCGUCUCACUGCCUUCUGCUAUCUUCGCCGAGCAGCGCUCAGCAUCUCCGGACGCUUCGCAACCGUCGAGCGCCGCUGGUUCUAUCGACGGUGGCCCAGCCCGUCUCAACCUUGCUCUGUCAUCCACUCCGAUCAAGGAAGAUGAAGCGGAGCGCAAGGCUGCCCUGGCCAAGAUGCAGCAGACCCUCCAAAUGGCACCUGGAGCGCCAACGCGCCGUACUACGAUUGCCCGUGGUCGUCGCGAGGCUCGUCACACGAUCCAGGCUUCGCCUACAGAGAACAGCCCCGUAUCGCCUGAGCACAUGAGGGCUCUUGCCCAGCUUGGCGAGGACGAGGAGCAUCUCCAGAAUGUUUCCCCUACCAACACUUUGUCCGUGCGACAGGAUGUUAUCCGCAAGACCUCGCUCAGCAGCCUCUCGUCGUCACGCAACCCCUUCGAAUCGCCCGCCCUUGGUUCUUCUGCCCCAACUUUCAACCCUACUAUUUCGAGUACCACUGUUACUCCACAGGUCGCUGGCGCUGCAGGAGCUGCCCUUGCUGGCACGGCGGCUCUUGGUACUGCUGCGCUUCGCCACUCGUCUACCGGCGCUGACCCGGCCGCUUCCGCGGGCCUGUCCGCCACACCAACCGAGAUCCAGAGCCCCGCAACCAAGGCAGCUGCUGCUGUGCCCACUGCUACCACUACCUCAAUCAACGUUGCACCGGGGCUGCGGGCAACAAUGGUGGAGACUGUCCACGCCUUCAUUCGCCAGUUUGCCUCGCAACGUACGGUUGUCACUGGUGAGGUUCACGUCUCGCUCGCCGCCUCUACUAGCCGAGCUCUCCCCCCAGCUGGUUCGGCUCUUCACAUCCGCCUGACGGAGUUUGAUGCCCUCGAGUCUGUUUCUCCCAACCCCGCGUUCCUUGUCCAGGUCCCCGACAGCCCCGGAGAGUACUAUCUCAACACCGACGCUCUUGCCCAGGCGACUACCUACCCUGAAACUGGCGAAGGCUUGGGCCCAGUCUUGUUCAAGUACCACGUCCUUGUCCCCGAGGGCGCCGAGACGACUGUGGCGCCUCUCAUUCUCAACCCGGCUUUCCAGAUCAAGAACGGCGAGACCCGCAUGAUUCUCCACUACCGAGCCCAGGGUUCUACGACUAGUGACCUUGGUCUUGCCGUCACGUUCCCCGAGUCGCCGGCCGUCACCACUACGCAGUCCAAGCCCGUUUCUGGUGUUUGGGGUGCCCCUGCCGACGGUUCAGACGGUCAUCAGAUUUCGUGGUCUUUGGAGGAGGCCAAGGUGGGCGCCGAGGGCAAGAUUGUCGCUCGCUUCCUCACUGCGGCUGGAUCCGGACAGCUGGCGCCGACCAGCGUCAACGCCCACUUUGUGGUACCCAACCACCUCAUCUCUGGCCUGGGCAUUGAGAUUGUUGAUGGCGAGGGCAAGGAACUUCCGACCUUGCACGGCUGGUCAUUUGAUGACGUGAGUCGUUCCACAGUCUCGGGCACGUAUGUCGGAGACGUCAACCUCAACCCUUAA